AUGAGUGGCUGAGUUGGAGACCUGAGCCCCAAGCAGGCAGAGACCCUGGCCAAGUUCCGAGAAAAUGUCCAGGAUGUGUUGCCUGCCCUGCCCAACCCAGAUGACUGUUUCUUUCUGUGCUGGCUCUGAGCUCAGAAUUUCGACCUGCAGAAAUCAGAGGCCAUGCUUCACAAGUACAUGGAGUUCUGGAAGACCAUGGACAUUGACCACAUAGAUUGGCAGCCCCCUGAGCUGGGGAGGAAGAUUGAGAUCAUUGUGAUGAUAUUUGACUAUGAAGGCCUGGGGCUGAAGCACUUCGGGAAACUCCUGGUGGAAGUGUACCAGGAGCUGGGGAGGAAGAUUGAGAUCAUUGUGAUGAUAUUUGACUAUGAAGGCCUGGGGCUGAAGCACUUCGGGAAACUCCUGGUGGAAGUGUACCAGGAGUUCUUCGGCCUCCUUGAAGAGAAUUACCCAGAGACCCUGAAGUUCAUGUUCAUUGUGAAAGCCACCAAACUGUUCCCUGUGGGAUACAACCUCAUGAAGCCCUUCUUGAGUGAGGACACUCACAGGAAAAUUAUAGUGUUGGGAAACAACUGGAAGAAAGGUUUGCUAAAACUCAUCAGUCCUGAAGAACUGCCAGCCCAGUUUGGGGGGACCCUGACCGACACAGAUGGGAACCCCAAAUAUUUAACUAAGAAACCCCUCUAUGGUGGGGAGAUCCCCAAGUCCACGUACAUGUGGGACCAGGUGAAGACUCAGUACGAGCACUUGGUGCAGAUCAGCCGCAGCUCCUCGCACCAGGUGGAGUACCAGAUCCUGUUCCCAGGCUGUGUCCUCAGGUGGCAGUUCUCAUCUGAUGGUGAAGACAUUGGCUUCGGGGUUUUCCUGAAGACCCAGAUGGGGGAGUGGCAGUGGGUUGGGUUGAUGAUGGAGGUGCAGCUCAACCAGCACUACAACGCCCACCUGGUGCCCAAGGAUGGGAGCCUCGCCUGCACAGAAGCUGGCGUCUAUGUCCUGCGCUUUGACAAUACCUAUAGCUUUGUCCACACCAAGAAGGUCAGCUUCACAGUGUAGGUGCUGCUUCCGGACGAGGGCAUGCAGAAAUAAGACAAGGAGUUCACCCCUGUCUAG